AUGGAACAAGAAACACGAAGCGAGUCUCCAACGAACACAAAUCAAGAACAGCCAUCAAAAACGUCGUUUCUGAUCGAAGACAUCUUGUACAGGGGCCAGCAGAAGAAUUUGCGGUCACCGUCUGUAGACAAUCGAAGAUUCGACUAUGAAAGGGAUCCCAAACCGUAUUUUCCGAUACCCAGUGACGUGAGACCCCAUGUACCAAGGGAAGGUUCUUAUUUACAAGUCGCUAUGGGCGCGUUAGGGGCAUAUUUACACACGCCAAAUACUUAUAAGAGUGUGGAGGCGCCCUAUUUUUUGUCACAAGGUGUUCCAUACCACGCUCUAUUUUCACCGUCGGAGCUUUCCCUGUCAGCGCUGAAGCACUGCCGAAGAAGGAAGGCGAGGACGGUCUUCUCCGACCCUCAACUCACAGGUUUAGAGAAACGGUUCGAAUCCCAACGGUAUCUGUCUACCCCGGAGAGGGUGGAGCUGGCGGGGGCGCUGAACCUGUCGGAGACGCAGGUGAAGACCUGGUUCCAGAACCGCAGGAUGAAGCACAAGAAGCAGAUGAGAAAGCAACAGCAGCAGAGGGGAGCUGCUGUUGACUUCACAAAACAUCCCGUCCAAUCUGGAGAAUAUAGAAAGGCUGAAGAAUCAAGAAUGUCGUCAACUCAGACUUCGGAUUCAGAUUCGGAACACAGCGAUAGCGAUAUCGACAUAGUCGGUGAAUCCAACUACGUACAACACUAUCGUGGCGAGACGUAAAUUGCAAUGUAAAAGGAUUACCUAUUUUUGGCGGGAACCCAAAUGUCAUGUUUACGAGAUUUAAUUUUUUUUUCUCUUAAAAUUUGUGUUUUAUUACUAUAUAUAAUUAAGUGUCCGUGGACGAGCAUAUGUUGGAGAGAUACAAGACAAGAUAUAGUGAAUUAAAUGUUGUCCCGAAAAAAAAAGUUAUGUAUAUUACUCGGCCAUGACGUAGAACGAGUACCUAUUAGGUAUGAUUCGACAAAGAAUAACUAAAUGAUCCUGUAUAGAAGUUUGAUUUUGCCACAACGAUAAAAAGAAAAAAGUAUUAAACGAACACAUUUAUUGAUUUCAAGAUAUUCUCUUGAUCCAUACCUACCUAGUAAGUGAAAAUAACUUAGCAAUUUUUUCAUGUAAAUCUAAUUAUUAAUCUGUUUUAACGUUCAUAUAUAGGUUAAUAACACUAGUCGUAAUGAAAAUAGUCGUUUUAAAAGUAUUUGAUAUAAUUGUUUUUAUAUAGUUGUUUAACAUAAAAUUUAGACAUAAACAUAUUGCAAAUUGGUGUCAAUUUCUACUUAAUUGACAAUAGUGAUGAUAUAGUCUAGUCUUUAGUUGAUAUGAGUACGAUUUUAGUGUGUUUGACUAUAUUUUAAUUUCAAAAUUGGAAGCGGAUCUCUCUCUCUCUCUCUCUCUGUGUUCCCUGUUGCACUCUCCACAGAAGUGUAUCGGUUCCCGGGGUUCGCAUUCCGACUUUGUACUUUAAACGAUAUUAAGGAGAUAAUAUUUUUUUUUUUUAAAUAAGGCGUGUUCCUAGUUGCACCCUCCGCCACCAAUAUACAGGGCCUAGAGUCCGCUUUUUUACUUAUUAUAUACAUAGGUAUUUGUUGUCAUAAAAAGAAGUACCUAUAACUAUAGUGUCUUUGUAUCUAUUCUGUGUCAAGAACUCACCAUGCCAAAAUUUUCGUGAAUAGAUAAAGUUCUUUCACAUUAUGUUAGAAAAUCAUAAACCAUGAUUUAUGAUAGAACUAGAAAAAAUAACUAAAUUGAAUAAUGUAUUUUUUUUAUAAAAAAAACCUAGUCAAAUGCACUACAAUCUAAAAAUAACAACUAGUUAACAGUGCAAUAAAAAUGCAUCAUGUAUAAAAUACUUACCUAGUCGUUUGAAUCUAGUCUUAUUUGAAGUUGCAUUAUCAUUAUAAAGUUGAAUUUUUAAUCGGGAAAUUUCCACAUAAGGUAGGUAUGUUUGGAAGAUGGAACUGAGCAGGUUUGCAUAAAAAUACCUAAAUAGCAAAAAGUGAAGAAAAAGAAUUUACUAACCCAUACGAUAGGGGUGAUGACAAGUUCUUAUAACAUUAUAAAUUAAUGUAAAUUAAAUACAUUACUUGAAUAUUUAGUUUUAAUUUUGACGCCUUAAGUGUAUUAUACAUAUUUAUUAAAAGAACGAUGGGAAAGUCCUUUUGUAAAGCCAUUUUUUUUUUCAAUAAGUCAUAAUGCCAUCAGUUAAUAAAAAUAAAUUGGAACAAUUUUUAUCAAGACAUCAUAUUAAGGUAGCUGCCAUACAAAUAAGUUCAUGACGCGAACAAGAAACUCAGGUGUGACGUCAUACUAAGGAAACGUUUUGUAAUGGGCGUUUUGGACUCGCCCAAAUAAUGUGUUACGUACUUCGUUAUAUCUCAGGCAGUUUUUUGUUUAUUGUUGUGAUUAUUUCACCAAUGUUUCAGUAGUUGUGAAAUAAAAUUAAUAAACACUAAAAAAUUGUCAUUACGCCUUUUUGGUUGAUCAGCUGAUCGGUCUUAGUAUGGGAAAGUAUUUUUUUUAUUAAAUAUAUUUUGGUAUAUUAUAUUUUUAUGGAAACCUAAAGAAUAAAAAUUCAGCAUAUAGAUAAACUGUCCUAGAACUUAAGUUUAACAAGAGUUUGUUUAUUGUAAUUAUUUAAAUUACUAUUUGUAUUGUAUAAUUAUUCUCUUCUUGUAAAAGGCGGACCACAUCAAAAGUGGGUGCGCAGAUACAUACAUAUAUACAUACAUACACAUUGUCACAUCUAUAUGUAUAGUCAUAUAAGUGCCAACAGUCUUGAAAAGACUGAAGUUGACUGACUGACCACAUUCAGCUGUAUGGGUAAAUGAUGGAAUUAAGAUUCAAAUAGUGACAGGUUGCUAGUCAUCGCCUACAAGCGGAAUCUCAAGUUUAAAAGUCAAUCCCUUAGUCACCUUUUACGACAUCAAAGAUAUGGAGUGCUUCUAUUAUAAAGUGCCGAAAACCACACGACACGUACAUAUUAAGAUUGUUUACCUUUAUUUCAGUAUAUAAAGAUCUCUCAAUCUGAGAGAGUCAAUCGACGUCGACUAAGGGAUAGGCUUAUUAACUUGGAAUUCUUUUAGACGAUGGGCUAGCAACUUAUCUCAAUUCCAUCAUUAAAUCCAGAUGAACGAAGCCUUCUAGUCCAGACUGCUGACCCUGUCUAUCCCGUAAGGGAUGAAGACGUGAUUGUAUGUUUGUUUGUACUCUAUCGACACUAUUUUGGUGCACCUUAAUGCCACACUAUCGUUACUUUUAUUUUUUACAGCCUUUAAUAUAUUAAUUUUAUGUUAGUGUAGGUACUGAUAUAUACU